UUCACUACAUUCUAGUUAAGAACAGAGCAUUCAGUAUUCAACAAGUAUACAAGAUCAAUGUAAAUAUCGAAAAAAUAAAAAAGAUCCAGGGCAGGCGAAGACUAACGUUACUUGUUCGUAUAGGUAAACGAUGCAUACAUGUUUUAUUAAAUUGCGUAUGUGUUAACGUUUAGCGGAAAAAAUACUUCUGGUGAAUUAUUUUAAACUAUAUUUUGCUGGACGUACAAAAGCCAUGCAGGCCUCCUCCACAUCCCCGCCCCCAAUGCAAGGCUGACCAAAAACUAGCAUGAACAGUUAGUGAAGUUAGCACGCACUAGGCUAGCCGGCUAUAACCCUAGUCCUCAAAAACUCUAAAACCCAACUUAGAGCACUUGUCGUUCCGAUAAAGAGUUGCAGGUUGUUCAGAUUUCACUGAUAAGAUGUCAAAAAGUGAGACUGAGGAGAUGAUUGAGAUUGAGAUUGAUGGACAGGAGAAACAAGAAUGCCUAGAAGAAGGGAUUGAAGAGCAGACCAUCACAGCAGCUGAAUUGAUCACGCAAGAUAUUGAUAUUAAUGAGCCUGUUGGCAACUUGAAGAAAUUGCUGGAGCCUCGUCUACAGAUCGCUCUGGAUGGAUAUGAUAUCUGUCUGCAGGACAUCCAGUUACAUCCAGACCACAGUCUUUUUGACCAGGGGGUGAAGACAGACGGCACAGUCCAGCUCAGUGUGCAGAUAGUCACAAAACCAGGCGAAGAGAAGUUGAAUAUCCUGGAAAUAGUGAAGCCAGUGGAGACAGUGGAGGUGGUGAUAGAUCCAGACGCGGCUGCAGGAGAGGAGGCUCACCUGGUGGAGGAUGGGCAGGUGAUAGCAGUGGAGCGCGCCACCAUUGCGGACGAGACCUCCGAACAGGUGACCCGCUGGGCAGCUGCUCUUGAGGGCUACCGCAAGGAGCAGGUCCGCCUGAGCAUCCCCUAUGACCCGGUGCAGUGGACAGCAGAUCAAGUCAUCCAUUGGGCAGUGUGGGUGAUGAAGGAGUUCAACAUUGAGGAGAUGGAGGUGGGUGGCAUCCACAUCCCAGGCCGCCAGCUGUGUGCUUUCAGCCAGGAGGAAUUUCUCCAGAGAGUGCCUAAUGGGGAGAUCUUGUGGAGCCAUCUGGAGCUGUUACGCAAGUAUGUCCUCGCUAGUCAGGAGCAAGGACAAGAAGCCACAGUCACUAUUGACCAACCUGUGCAGAUUAUCCCUGCUCCAGUGCAACAGGCCACUCCUACAGCCAUUAAGGUGCAGAAGCAUAACAAAAUGCCCAGGGUGCCCCGCAUCUCAGGAGAGGAGCGUAGCUCCCCCGGCAACCGUACAGGUAAUAAUGGACAGAUCCAGCUGUGGCAGUUCCUGCUGGAGCUCCUCACCGAUAAGGAUGCACGGGACUGCAUUUCCUGGGUGGGAGAGGAGGGUGAGUUCAAACUCAACCAGCCGGAGCUGGUGGCUCAGAAGUGGGGCCAACGCAAAAACAAGCCCACCAUGAACUACGAGAAGCUUAGCCGAGCCCUCAGGUACUACUACGAUGGAGACAUGAUCAGCAAAGUGCAGGGCAAGCGCUUCGUCUACAAGUUUGUGUGCGACCUGAGGACUCUGAUUGGCUACAGCGCAGCCGAGCUCAACAACCUGGUGACGGAGUGUGAGCAGAAGAAGCUGGCGCGCGUGCAACUGCACGGGAUUGGACAGCCCGUCAACACAGUCACCCUGGCCGCAGCCACUUGCCAGCCUGUCACCACCGUCACUCUGGCCGCUGCCGCACUGGAGAAGGACAGCUGAGUGGGCAUGUUUGGCUGCCUUAAUCCAGGGAGAAGAUAUAUGGGAAAACACAAGAGGAGGUGCCACAGGGGAGAAUGGGACUCUGGGCAGGGAAUGUGGGCUGGGAGGGAGUGUGUGUGUGCGCGCGCGCGCGCGUGUGUGUGUGUGUGUGUGUGUGUGUGUGAGCGCGAGUGAAUGUUGAUGGACAAUAUAGUAGGUCCUGUGAGUGGUUUUGUGCGAGAUAAUGAAAUUAUCGUUGACCAUGUAUGGGCUUUGAGUUUUUGUAUGCUUCUUCUCUGACUGCAGGGUAGCAUUGGCUGCAUUUCCAUUGUAUAUACUCUAUAUGUUUUUUUGAUAGCCACAAGGGCAGUGUAUUUUGAUAUUUGUAAAGGAUCUGUUCUUUUUUUUUUUUAUUUUGAAGUUCCAACUCCCUCUUGGUGAGGUACUUUUAGCUGUCCACCGGGGGGCAAUAAAGAGUUAAUUUUUGA